GUGGCCGCGAUCCCUGCUCCGGGUCCCUGCAAUGCCCCCGGAUCUGGCUUCUUGUCCGCCUCGUCCCGCCGCGGCGCUGGCGUGGCCUCGUUGCCUGGCAGCAGCUUCCGAGUCUGGUACACGGGCACGUUUCCAGCCCUCUGCACCAAGCGACCGUCUAGGACAGAUUCUCAGCGCUCCCAUCUCUCCUCGUUCACCAUGAAGCUGAUAGACAAGUUUCAUUCACCAAAAAUAAAGCGGACGCCGUCAAAGAAAGGCAAACAGGCUGAGCCGCCGGUGAAAACGCCAGAGAAGACCGUGAACAAAAAUGUAUUUUGGUUAGACGAGAAGGAGAAAGAGGUUGUAAGUGCCCUGCGCUAUUUUAAGACGAUAGUGGAUAAAAUGGCGAUUGACAAGAAAGUGCUGGAGAUGCUGCCAGGCUCGGCAAGUAAAGUGUUGGAGGCCAUCUUGCCCCUGGUACAGAUGGAUCAGCGAAUUCAAAAAAGUUCUGCUAUCUCUUCCUGCUAUAACCGUGUCUACCAGAGUCUGGCCAAUCUGAUUCGUUGGUCUGAUCAGGUAAUGCUGGAAGGUGUGAACUCGGAGGACAAAGAGGUGGUGACCACGGUUAAAGAUGUCAUAAAAGCUGUUCUGGAUGGAGUCAAGGAGCUGGUUAAACUCAUGAAAGAGAAGCAGGACCAUCCCUCUCCCACAAGCCCAGUUAAAACAAGUUUGCCAACGUGUAAAUCUGACAGUGCAUCAGAGCUUCCCCUGACAGACCGAGAGAUGGAAAUUCUCAACAAGACAACUGGUCUGACUCAGUCUACAGAGAUACUGACUGACUCCAUGGAUGAAGAGGUUGCCCCUCCCAAACCCCCUCUACCCUGCAUUCGUGUGGCAGAAAACAGCCCUCCUCCAGCAUUGCCCCCUAAAAAAAGGCAGUCGGCACCUUCCCCUACCAGAGUGGCAGUAGUAGCACCAAUGAGUCGAGCCACUAGUGGAUCCAGUCUGCCUAUUGGAAUCAACAGACAGGAUUUUGAUGUUGACUGUUACGCCCAGAGGAGGCUGUCAGGAGGCAGCCACUCCUAUGGAGGGGAGUCCCCUCGUCUCUCACCGUGCAAUAGUAUUGGCAAACUCAGCAAGUCGGAUGAGCAGCUUUCCUCGCUGGACCGCGACAGUGGGCAGUGCUCCCGCAACACAAGCUGUGAAACAUUAGAUCACUCGGAUCACUAUGACCCGGACUAUGAAUUCCUGCAGCAGGAUCUCUCCAACACUGACCAGAUACCUCAGCAGGGGCCAAGUAUCCUCAGCCCGUUGCCAGAGUCCUUGGGCGAGUCUGGCUCCCCCUUUCAUGGACAUAGUUUCCAGACCCCCCAGGGCAGCUCUCCCCAGCCGGAGCACUGCAGCACAUUGGUAGCAACGCAGUCCACAGAGACUCCCCCAGCUUUGCCAGAAAAGAAGAGGAGGAGUGCAGCUUCUCAGACUUCAGAUAACACGGGCUGCAGGGUCUCAUAUGAGAGGCACCCUUCGCAGUACGAUAAUAUCUCAGAGGAUGACACGCAGAACCCCGGGGCUCUCCCAUCGAUACCCUUCCCACCAUUUGCUGCUGUCUUGCCCUUCCAGCAAGGGAGCUCUUCAGCACCGAUUGAAUUCAUUACUACUUUUGCUGCUCCGGACUCUACGGGUGAUGCAGAGAAACCACCCCCUCUUCCAGAGAAGAAGAACAAACACAUGAUGGCCUACAUGCAGUUUGUGGAAGACUACUCGGAGCCACAGCCAUCCAUGUUCUACCAAACGCCCCAGAACGAACACAUCUACCAGCAGAAAAACAAGCACCUCAUGGAAGUCUAUGGCUUCAACGACUCGUUCAUCAGCAUAGACUCGGCCCAAGAUCUGGCACCUCCCCCUGCUCUCCCACCUAAACAGCGACAGCUGCAGGCCUCCUAUGCUGCCUCUUCUUUCCCUUCUGUCUCCUACUGUGUCCAGCAAACUAAAGUGCCCUUCCUGCCCGAGGACAUCAGUGCCACUCAGGGCCUCAGUAUGUCAGUCUCUAACUCCUUUCUCAACCGGCACAGCUCCUUUCCUGUGCAUUCGUACAAAUCUGUGUUUAGGUCCUACUCGCAGGACUUUGUGCCUCACAACCAAGCUUCCAUCCCUCCUUUUCUUUCUUCUACCUCCUCCUGCGUCUCCACCACCCCACCUUUUCCACCUGUCCAUCCAUCUCAGAGCCCUGACCUAGCGGUGCCAACCACAGCCAGCCAGUCACCAAGCACUGUGGAUGUGCCAAACUCCUCUUCUCAGGAGAGCAGCUUUAACGGGAAUGCUCCUGUCUGCCUUCCUUCUGAAACCUCUUUCACUGAUUCUCUCCAGACGUCUUCGAGUGAAAACGCCAGUGAGGAUGCUGGUGAGGGUGAAUACGUCAAUCUGUAUUCCUCUGGCCAAAGCAACGGGGAACUCCCUCUCUCUGAAGGAGAAUCUCCUGCUGUCAAAGACGGCCACUCCAAAGACUCCACUUCAAAUAGCAGUGCCACUGGGAAGGAAAGCCGAGACGGUGGUGAGAGGCAGCAGAUGUCACCAGAUGCCUUGGAAUCGUCAGAGUUGGAGGAGGAGGUAGAUGAGCUGUCCCUGAUUGACCACAAUGAAAUUAUGGCAAGGCUAACACUGAAGCAGGAGGGCGACGAUGGGCCAGAUGUUCGUGGGGGGUCCGGGGAUAUCUUGCUAGUACAUGCAACUGAGACCGACCGGAAAGAUCUGGUGCUGUACUGUGAAGCCUUUUUGACAACCUACAGGACAUUCAUUACCCCUGAAGAGCUCAUCAAGAAGCUCCAGUACAGAUAUGAGAAAUUCUGUCACUUCCCGGACACGUUUAAGAAGCGCGUCAGCAAGAACACGUUCUUCGUGCUGGUGCGAGUGGUGGAUGAGCUGUGUUUAGUGGAGUUGACAGAAGAGAUUCUGAAGCUGCUGAUGGAACUGGUGUUCCGGUUAGUCUGCAACGGGGAGCUCAGCCUCGCUAGGGUGUUACGGAAAAAUAUUCUGGACAAGGUCGACCAGAAGAAAAUGCUGAGAUACGCCAACUCCAUCAAACCCCUCGCGGCCCGAGGGGUGGCUGCCAGGCCAGGAACCCUGCAUGAUUUCCAUAGUCACGAAAUAGCUGAGCAGCUGACUCUCCUGGAUGCCGAGCUCUUCUAUAAAAUAGAGAUCCCAGAAGUUUUGCUUUGGGCAAAAGAGCAAAAUGAAGAGAAGAGUCCCAACCUGACACAGUUCACUGAGCACUUUAAUAACAUGUCCUACUGGGUCCGUUCAAUCAUUAUGCUCCAGGAGAAAGCGCAAGACAGAGAGAGGCUGCUCCUUAAAUUUAUCAAGAUUAUGAAGCACUUAAGGAAGCUGAAUAAUUUUAACUCCUACCUGGCCAUUCUUUCUGCACUGGAUUCGGCACCCAUCCGACGGCUGGAGUGGCAGAAGCAGACCUCAGAGGGCCUGGCUGAGUACUGUACACUGAUCGACAGCUCUUCAUCCUUCCGUGCCUACCGAGCAGCUCUGGCAGAGGUGGAGCCUCCCUGUAUACCAUACCUUGGUCUCAUUCUCCAGGACCUGACUUUUGUUCAUCUGGGGAACCCAGACUACAUCGAUGGCAAAGUGAACUUCUCCAAACGCUGGCAGCAGUUUAACAUUCUGGACAGCAUGAGGUGCUUCCAGCAAGUACAUUAUGACAUCAAAAGAAAUGACGACAUAGUCUCAUUCUUCAACGAUUUCAGUGACCAUCUGGCCGAGGAGGCCUUGUGGGAACUGUCUCUGAAAAUCAAGCCUCGGAAUAUAACAAGGCGAAAAACAGACAGGGAAGAGAAGACCUAGGAGGAGGAGAACGUGUGAGUGAGCACUGCUGCACAGAGGGCAGCUCUGAGACCAGAGCAACAAACUCGUACCUGUUACUGGAUGUCGCACUCUCCCUCCCAGUUGACAGCAGCUGCUGGCUUUUCUGGGCCUGUGAAGGCUGGGGUCGCUCAACGGAAGAGCUGGGAAUGUGUAUGGAUGCCAUCUUUCGUUAGACAGCAGAAGCCCAGAGGCCCCAGAGCUCAUUUCACUCUCCUUCUUCCACCCCUUGUCCCUCUGUGCCAUGAAUCAGCUUUAAACCGGGGAAGAGAGAGCCUGGGAAGGAGAAUCUCUGUAAGCACGUUUUUCCAGCUCCAGUCUGCAAAUGCAGGGAGGGGCAGCUCAGCGUCCGCCAGCACCUUGUCUGCUGAUCUCGAUUCAGCAGCCGGCAUGAACCGGGAAUGCUCGCUGCCUUCCCAUCCAGCUCUCCUGUGCAGUGCCAUCUCCAAUCACGUUUUCCCUAGGGGCAGGGGCAGGUGAAGAGAGCCUCCCCCUCUGCCCCAGAGGAGUGCCAGUUUGAAAGAGCUCGCUUGUGUUUACAGGGGCUGGCAAAUCUAAGUGCCCCAGAUCUCCCCGGCCUUCCUGAUGGAGGGAAGGCCGCCUCCACAGACACAGCAGAGGCACUGAAGACAUGGGGAAGGGGGCUGCUGUCUCCAGUCAUGGCAUGCUCCCCUCUUGAAUCUCAUUAUUUAAAUGACAGUAAUCCCUCCAAUCCCUGGAAGCAAUGACUAGCCAAGGUACUGUGGGUCACUGUCUUGUAGACGUGUAUCUCUUAGCAAUGGUACUGGCUAUUGCACCGUAAAUACUGUAGUAUAUGAGACUGGCCAUUUGUAUAUACUAGUAUUUAGGUUCCAUUGGAGGUUUUUUCAUGCAUGUCUGAAUGCCAGUGGGUUUAAAGGAAAAAAGAAAAUGUGCAGAAUGCCGUGCAUAAAAUCCACAACUCGUGAAUAAUGUUGUUCCACGUGCUGGUAUAAUGGAGGCCUGGGGCAGCUGUGUCUGGAACAGAGUGCACAGAAAGGCACCUAGACCCUGGCAGAAGGGCUAGCAGGUGUGUUCCCCGGAGUCCUUAAUGCCGAGGUGGAAAGGAAAAGGCUUUAGCUCGACGCUAAGACUGAUCAUCCUUUCCCCCCAGCCUUGUUGUCGUCCCCCUCUUCGUACCCCCUGGUGCUGCAUUUUGUGAUCUCGAUAGUAGAAAAGCUGCAGGAGCUCAUUGCAGUUGGCAAAGCCAAGUUGCCCAGCCUAGCCAAGUCCCAAAUGACUGGGGCCCAGACACCCCCACAUGUCAUGGAAGGGGGAAGGGUCCACAUUUACUUUCACAUGCCACGUUAACCCCAGUCUGUUCCAUGUGCCUUAUUCAAUCCCUUGGUCCCCUCUCCCCAUCUUCACGCCUCUGGAGGAUGUGUCCUUAUCACCAAUGCAGCUAGGCUUGACCAGUCAGACCCUCCCCCUUCCCAUUCGUUUGUCCUCCAUCAAUUGUUUACAGUGUUGGUCGUGUUUUCAGGUGUCUGUUGUAGAUUUUAAUUGGCCUGACAAGGCCCUGUUCUGGAACCACAGUGUGCAAGUCACUUGACAGUGAUCAUGUGUAUUUUUGUGGGGGGGAGGGGGGGGUUGGGUUGGGGGUUUUUUUGUUGUAGAGGAUUUGAACAGAACCUUGCUGUCUUAGGGCUAUAAAUCCUAAGAGGUUUUACCUGGGAAUUUUCCCCACAAGCAUCCUUUAACUUAUUUCUCACUAGCAGUUUGGUGUUUGCUACACCUGUCAUUUGUCUAAGUCAGAGCUAUAAGCACUUCCUUCUGCAAACCGAUUGCAAAGUCUUUCCUGAUCUGUGUUGUGGCAGCUUUGAGUGACAAUCUGCAUGGCCCAAGAUGGGACGACACCCCUCAGUAUUCAGUUGAAGGGUAGUUUUUUGUUGGGGUUUUUUUUAAACUGUGUAUUUCCUUUUUGUUUUCAAUGAAUAUAUCUAAGCAGAAAACAGGACUUGUCUGCACCCAGACUGGCACCAUUUUCACUGAAGGAGCGUGUUGAAGCAACUCGAGUCAAAUGCUGCAAUAUCCUGGCUGAGUGGAUUUUGUCAAUGUAACUGUGAAAACCUUUCUUUUCUGACCAGCUCAAGUGAAAUCAGAGUUUUUGCAAAGGGUGUUGCACCUCUUCAGCUAACCCUGGUUUUAGACUGGUUUAAGGUUAAACCAGUGUGUUGUUCUGUAGAUACCAUACAAUGUCCCCCCCUUCCCUCUCCCGGCACCCUACCAGAUGCAAGAUUAAUUUUUCAGGCUGGUUCUCAUCAUGUCUUAUAGUGUCCGUGUCCAAAGGCCAUUCAGAACAAGCGCGGCGAGUGAGCAGGGACGGACAGCAUGAUUUAUCCUUUGCGUGUGGCUGCAUUUGAUGUAAAGAGAAUAUGGAGGAGUAAGAGGCCAACAGAUGAAUCCUGGCUAGACCUAGACAGCUCCUGAGGUGGAAAAAACUAGCAGAACAAGUAUGGAAACUGUGCCCUUAACUUCAAAAGAAAAACAGUUAAAGAGCUCAUUCUUAGGUAGCUAAUCUGCUUAUUUCAGCUGGAAGCCACGUACAGUAAAGUCUUUGCAAUCGUUCAACGGUUCAACAACUUUGAAGCAGGAAGUGAUUUUUUUUCUUUCUUUGUAAAUAAGUUAUUUAAAAAAAAAAAAAAAGUCUGAAAAGGCAAAUAGGACCUGCGUUUGGUGCAGACUCCUCUGCUGACUGGCUCCAAACACGCCACUUUAUUUUUGCAGAGCAGAGCAGAGCGUAGGCAAUUCAUAGCAGUAUUGUAUGCGUGCGUGGCAGUGUCGCUCAAAUUGUCCUUUCAUUUCAAGAGUACGUUGGCUCAGCUCCUCACACGUGCAUGUGCGUGUCGCGUUCCCUCUGGGGUGAUGUCUGAGGCAGCUCUUGCUGAGAAGAGGUGACGGGGAAUGAAAGGACCCAGCUGACCUCAGCAGGAACGCACCUUGUCCUAAAACCAGCCCCGCAGGUGCACGUGUUGGUGUUUUCCAUUAGUUCCACCCUCCCCGCUACGUGUGCAUUGUUUUCUACAUCCUGCCUUGUCACCGAACGCCAGAGAAGAAGACCCUUUGGGAACUAGCCCAGAACAAAUCACAGCUGCCCGUGCGCAUUAAGCCAGCUCCCUGCAAAAGGCAAGCCCUCCCUGCCAUUGCACAAGUGGGCAUGUGGAUUUCCUGGCUGCACCCUGGGAGAUCCUUGCUUGAGCAGCUCUCUGCAAAUAGUGACCGGGAAACUGAUGGUUAGCCGCAGUCAGCAGGAUCCCGUUACUGGCACGCUGCGUGGCAUGAAGGCAAGUCCAGCUCUUGGGGGACGCCCAUGGGUAAGCCUCAGCCUGCUUGCUUUUCUCUCAAUUGUAGGUGCAUGAAAGGACCUAGCCAGAACUGGGGUGACCUAGAGCGCCAGUGCAGGCAAAGCUGGACAGAGAAGGGGCACGGGAAUGUUCUCCCAUGUACCGUAAGAUCAUGUAUCAGUUCCCUGUCAGCAGCAGUCCAAGUGCUUUGUUGCACGUGGAGGGCUCACACCACGGCUCGCUGUGUUUGGCAAGCCCGAUGCCUGAGCGGGAUAGAAGACGGCGGUUCUCAUGGUCGGUCCAGCCUCCUCUUGCAAGCAGAGACCUGAGGGCGACUUCCUUUUUCUGCAGUCGAGGGUUGCUACAGCGUUGACUGAAUAGCAAAGCAGAGGCCAAAUAAGGGCUGUCUCCAGCGUCUGUGUUUCUAGGAUGACAGCAGCCAUAUUUGGAAAGGUGUAGGGAUGGGUGCCAGACACGGGACGUCCCCCGCGUGACCUGAACCCGGCCGGCUCCACGGUCCCCAAGCCUCUCCUGCCAUCCCCAGAUGUUACAGUGUAUAUUUACCACUAACCCAGCCCCAAUAGCGACAUCUUCCUGCAAACAUUUCAAAUGUGUAACUUUUAUAUUUAAGAAGAAAUAAACACAGAUAAAGAA